CUGCCGAAAAAAUUUUUUUCAUCAGUACCGGCUCGGAAACCAUGGAGCUACCUGUGAAAAACGUGUCCACUUGUGAGUUGCGUGCAGUUAUUCGCUUUUUAACUGCAAAAGGGCUUAAUGGCAACGAAAUUCACACUGAAUUAGUGCAUAUUUAUGGUGACAAAUGCAUGAGUGUGCAAAUGGUGCGUCGGUGGCGUACAUAUUUUCUCGAGGGACGCGGAGAAGUUCAUGAUGAGCAGCGUGCAGGCAGGCCAAAAACCGCCAUUACAGAUGACGCAGUCGCAGCAGUCGAAAAAAUCAUUUUGGCGGAUAGGCGCUUUACAAUUGACAGAAUUUUGGACUCAAUGCCUCCUGAAAUCGAUAUUUGUCGAACUUCAAUCCACACAAUCAUAACAGAUCAUCUUCGUUACCGUAAAGUUUGUGCGAGGGUAUAUCCACACAAAUUUGUAUAGCCGCAUAAACGUAUGCAUAAAGAAAAUUAUCCAAUCGCAUUUCUUCUAUAAAGACGC